AUGGCCAUCCCAUACACGCGACGAACGCCCUCCCUCCCGUCAACUGAGUCCACCCUGGCCCCUUCGCAAGUACAACAUCAACCCUCCUCCUCCACGCUCGCAAACUCCCACACAUCUCCCCUAAGAGCAUCCCCUGGAUCAUCGUCACGGAGUAGAACCAUAUCGAGCGCUUUCUCACUCGGAAGGAAACCUACAAAAUCUCGGAAAGCAGGCGGAUUCCUUCUCGAUACUUCUACCGCGAAUGAUGGGGGUGAACGGGAGACACAUAAAGAUGCGAGGGAGUUUCAGGGAGGCUAUGGACAUCGGAGAUUAGGAACUGGAAUAUCCAGUCCGGAGCCGUCAAUGAGAGGCUAUAGGGAAUCGAUGGCACAGGCGAACGAAGAGAUAGUGACGGAAGAUAGCGAUACAGCGAGAAUAGUCUCACUUGCUUUAGCGAGUGGGGCUACUCGGAAGGUUGAGUCCAGCAGAAUAGCGGCACAACACAGGAAUACUUCUAACAAUAUGUGGGCUCCUGAAAUUGGUAACGGUGUAGGUGAUGGGAGGGAUCGGUGGCUCAGCGCGUCUUCGACAAUGUUUGAACAGCCAAUACAUCAAGGAAAUAUCCAUGGGAAAGACCGUGCAGUUUCUCCGAAUCGUGGGUUCUUAAUGACCAGCAGUAUAGAUACACGGCGCUCCGUCUCAAUCGGCGGCCACAGUUCUGGAAAUGGUUCCCGAAGAUUGUCACCUUUAAAUCCUUCAUCCUCACCCCCACCUGCACCAGGGCCAAUGAAUCCGCGACAAAGUUAUCCUAGCCCGCUAUCGCCUUUACCAUCAGGUUUCCCAUAUCAGCAGUUGCAAAAACAACGAGGUUUGCAGGAACAGCAGGAGCUUCGCGAACUACAAAGACAAUAUAAAUUCACCGAAGCUACAAUCCAGCGGACUUUAAAGGCGAAGCGACAACUAGAACUCUCAGAUCUCUACAAGAGACUACUAGAAAUCUAUCCGUCCACUGAUAGUCCACAAACAGGCUCGGCAAGGUACGGUAGCGUGGGCUUGAGCACCGGAAGAGUCUAUAACCCUCUCAUGUCAAUAAGAAAUAAAAGAAUUAGGAACCGAGAACGGAUUCAACUAGAUCUUUCUUCAUGGGAAGAUCCGGGUGCGGUUGGUCAGUGGGUUGAGGAUGUAGCGGUGGCCGUUCACGACUCGAUGGAGGCUGGACACGUGAGACCACCGAGACUACCGCCUCCGCCGCAGCCAAGUAUGAGUGUUACAAAAACGAAAAGGUCACGGUUAGAUUGGGUUAUAACUCCGCAAGAAUUGCUCGCAGAGUUCUAUUGGAUCGAAGAAGCGGAUCGAUUGCGGCGGGAGGAGAUGCAAAGGAGUGAUGAAAGAGCAGAGAAAAUACGUAAAGAACAAGUUAAAGGCAGUGAGAGCCAUACGAGUCUCAAGAGCUUACUCGAGAAGGAGCAUAAGAAGCAUAGAGGCUCAUUCGAGCUCACUCUUAAGAAGCGGAGUUUGCGGAACUUAGAGGAUGAGGGUGUAGACGGUCCUACUAAAAAAGACAGUAAGAGAAAGCCGAAACAAUCUGGAGAGUUCCAUCGUUCAUUACUACAACUUGGAUCCCAUCGCGAUGGGAGUGAGGACCUUGCGUAUUCAAACCCGCCCAGUUCAUCUGAUGAAAGUGGACAUAGUAGUGAGAGUGAGGUCGAUUAUACUUCGGAAUAUUCAGACUUGGAGGUCGACACAUCUGGGCCUGAGAUUGACGCUAAGGCAAAACGAAAACACCAUCGUCGCCGUCGAAAGCUAGGAGACAUCAUAACCGGUGGGAAACAUAGCAAGAAAAAGGCGAAAAAGAAACGGGGCGAUACAUAUAUCUUAGAUGCCGAUGAACGGCGGAGACGGCAAGAGCAGGAAGAGCUGGAAUGGAUGGCAGAAAUGGGAGGAAGGAUGCAGGAUCCUAUUGUAAGGACUUAUUCUGCAGAUGAGGAGUAUGACUCUACUACUGGGAGGAAUGGAGAUCCAAGGAAACAAGAUCAUUCAAGGAUGGCGGCAACAAUGACGGGAAUGAGCCUACCGACUACACUUGGGGGUAGCAAGAGUUCAUUAGAGAGAUAUGGGAACAUCACAGCACUGUCUGUAGCAGGGAGGAAAAGUGUCGACUUUGCUGAGGUUGUUGUACCAAGCAUUGCAAUUUCUUUAAGCCCACCAAGAAUCAAGGUCAGGGAUGAAGGGUAUGACACUGAUGGAAGGGGGAGGGCCAAGAAGAAAGAAGAUGAGGGCGGGAAAGAAGAGAAAAGAAAGACAAGCCCGGCCAAAAAGCUCUUGGAGAGGGGCCAGGAGGCACUCGUGAAAGCACGAGAGGGCAGUCUAGAUCGGCGCAGGGAAAGUUUGGAUAUAGACGGUCCAGUGCACAAAGGAACCCUCAAAGACAAAGAGAAGGAAAGCAGAAAAAAUCGUCUAAAGGGCCGUGUUGAAAAGAUCCGAAAUGAGGUGGGCACAAAAGUUGACCACUUUAUCUUCAAACGAGACCCGGGCGGAUCGGCACAACCUAGCCCUACAGGCUCCAUAUUUGCAGAAAGUGUUGGCUCCAGGAGUGACGACGAUAGAUUUCGCCUGUCCAGGGAAAAUACAAUUUCAGCAUCGGAACCGGAAGACGAAGGAAGGAGGUCUGGGAGACCAUGGGGGAGAUCCUCGCUUGAAGUUCCAGAUACGAGGAAGCCCACAAGGACGACGACCAAAUAUAAAAGUUCAUUUUCUCUGAGUGCGAUGCCCAGUAUAGCAUCGCCUGGUAUUCCUUCUUCUCCCAUUCUCGCGAAAUGGGCAAGCAAGUCUAGACUUAUGCAGGAUGACUUUGCAACAUCAGACGUGGAUACCGAUGACGACCGAACUUCAAGACCUUCCAGAUUAUCACCACCGGCUCAAGAGUUCUCAAGAGAUGCAUCCCCAGUAGGAUCAGUCAUCUUCCAAGCAAGCGAUAGAAGACGCAUGCCCCCAAUCGAUCGUUUCAGAUCAAUAGCACUUGAAGCCAUCAAGACACUACCCAAACCACCAGUUCUCGCAACGGAUGACAUCCCCGGCCGCAACGGCACUCCAGAAAGCGUGGAAGAACCAGUGUUCGCGACACGCAAGGAGCUUAUGAUGGCAAAGGCUCACCUGACCCGUUCGGGCAUCUUUGCACGUGGCAUCACCACGAAACGGGCACGGGAUGUGGGCACGGCCACUAUCGUUGCUACUGCAAAGGAACAUAUGCUUUCCUCUGUUGCUGUAUCACGGGAUAUUAGCGCCGCAGAACAAGUAUUUGUGUGCAAAGCGAGAUCCUUCGCAGAUAGCACAGUUUCGGAUCUGCGAAAAUUAAUUGAUCGUAUCAGGGACGAUAUUGAAACCAAAUUAGUGCCGAGUUUGACGAAUGUCGCUGAAUCAGCUGACGAGUUGAACGAGGAAAUGACAACAACAUGUACAUUGGCUGUUAAGGGGAUCAAUGAUCAGGUUGCUGCGAUGGCUAGGAGGAAACGGCGGCAGUUGAGAUGGAUAAGAAGGGGGGGCUACGUACUAUUAGAGUGGGUAGUUCUGGGAGUGAUGUGGUGGGUAUGGCUAGUUGUAGUCGUGUUGAAUAUCUUCAGAGGUGUUUUUAGAGGAACUAUUGGGGCUAUUAGAUGGAUCCUUUGGAUUUGA